AAACCAUAUACGCCUAACAACCGGCCGCUGUCGUCCGUCUUCCCCCGCCUUAUCCACCUGGUCCCCCGCCAUCUUGUGGCUUCCCUUCGUGCUUAACUUGACCCCACGUCCGCUGUUCUUUGUCCUUGUUCCCCAUUCCAGAAAUUUCAUCGGCAAAUUGGUUCAUUCACUGUUGCCAUCUCAUAAGCUUUUGAAAUCGAAUCCAAACGCUAUUUGUAAUCUCAUUGCAGUUUCGUCUAAUCACUGCUCAUUUCCCAUUGAUUUUGCUAUUUUGAUUGAGGUUCAGUGAAUGGAGAGAGUUGGUCGGAGUGAGCAUGUGUCGAUGCGAUUCGGUCAUUCACAGAGAUCGUUCGAAAAUGGAGCAAGUUCCUCUGAUAUGGCGCAUGUGAAGAACCACGACAACGACAACGACAACGACGUCGAUUUCGAUGACGUGUUUGGCGGACCUCCGACGCGGACGAGGUACAGUUUUGGUGGUGGAAGAAUCAAGUCGUCGGAGGAGUCCACCAGUUCUCCGUCUGGAUUGGGUGAAAGGCCGAUUUUCGGCGAGUCGUAUAGUUCGCCGAGAAGACCUACCAGUGAUGAUUUCUACAACGAUAUUUUCAGGAGUAGUAGCGAGUCUGUUCGCUCGCCUAGAUGGUCUUCUCCUACGCCUGGUUCGAGAUCGUUAAGCCCUGCGCACCCUAAAAUUGAGCCCUUCGCCAAUUCAAUUCCUACUGAAUUCAGCCUACCUCCCAGGAUGAACAAAGCCGUAGACAUUCCUGUAUUUGGAUCAAAUCCACAUUCAUCCACCACCAUUCUCUCUAGAUUUUCAAGCCCAACAACCAAAGGGCUGGAUGUUUUCGGAAAUAAUCAAGAACAACAAUCCACAGAAAAGGAAACAGGCCACAAAUCAAAGCCUAGAACAGCAAGAACAGGAUCUCCAAGUAACGAAUUUCACUUCUCUAUACACAAAUGGGCCAACGUAGGUGUUCCAUUACUUAUGUCUCUUCGUGGUAGUAAAGUUACUGCCAUAUCAAUGGAAACCAUGCAAGAUUCUUCUUUCCAAAAUGAUAAAUUAUCAACAGAGAAAGAAGAUAUCAACCCUCCUUCUGCAACUUUAAUGGAAUCCAUUGAGAAAGAAACUUCAAUAAUGAAACAAGUUAAUGAAACCAAAGAACAAGGUUAUGAAGAGGCUGCUUCCAUUGAUGUGGAAAAGAAAGAAAACAUGGAGACAAUGAGUGGUGUUAUUGGUAAGAAGAAACUUGAGGUGAAAAAGAUGAAUAAAUCUGUUAUUGGAUCACCUAAAAAUCGAGUCAAAGGAAUGGUCAAAGAUUUCUUCAAGAUAUCAAAUCAAGAAAAAAGUCCUCCAAAGACCAAAACAAAUGUUGUCCAUGGAAGUUUGAGCUCUAGAUGGAAGACAACUGCAAAAAACCGAACUCAUGAAGAAGUCAGUGGUAAUCAAGAAAAUGUAGAAAUGGCAAAAAAUGCUUCAAAUAAAACAUUUGAUAGUGAAAUACCUGAAGAUAUUAUGAAAAUGGUGCCCGAUGAUGACGCUGAUGCUUCAACCACAAUACCAUUGGAUAAUAAAGCGCCUAAAGAAAAUAUAAAAAUAAAAAUAAUACCAGAUGCUUCAUCUACAACAAAAAAUGAGAAAAUAGUUCCAGAUGUUUCAAGAACUACAUCAUUGGAUAGCAAAAUGGAUUCAGAAAAUGUGAAAAUGGCUCCAGAUGCUUCAUAUAUGGUGGGGGAAAAUUUUGAGAAGUCCAACAAGCCAAAAUUUCCACAGAAUCGUCCAAUUAGAAAGCUCGAAGAUAUUUACUUUCAAAAGGAUGCUUCAUCAGCUUCUGAAUCGGUUCCUCAUGCCUCAAAUGUUACUGUUGAAAACAUAGACGAUCCCUCCUUGGAUAACUUCCAUGUAGAAGAAUUGCCUCCAGUUGAGGACAAACUUUCGAAAACAGAAGAAGAAUCUCUAGACACUAAUGGUUUGGACUCGAAGAUCCAUCUAUGGUCAAGUGGAAGAAAAGGAAACAUUCGUUCCCUACUCUCCACUUUACAACUUGUGCUUUGGGCCGAUAGUGGAUGGAAGCCAGUGGCACUUGUUGAUAUAAUAGAAGCAAAUGGGGUGAAAAAAGCGUACAAUCGAGCAAUGUUAUGUUUGCACCCGGAUAAAUUACAGCAAAAAGGUGCGGAUUCGAAUAAAAAAUAUAUGGCCGAGAAGGUGUUCGAUAUACUUCAGGAGGCGUGGGAUCAUUUCAACUCACUUGGUACUCUCAUUUGACCAUCAAAGGGCCCAUUCUGCCAGGAAUCAAAGAUGUCGACCUUCACCCUGGCCCACCACCAAAAAAGACAAUGUUUGCAUUGUGAUUUGUGAAUGUGAAUACCAUCAUUAUGAAGUUUUGGACAUGAAACAAGUUAUAUUAUAUACCUCAACUUUGAAUU